AUAUAUAUAAAAAAAAGUUCAAAAUUAUAAUAGUGGGUACCAGCAUCAUGAUUCAAGCACUCAAAAGAAAAUAUGUAUAAAUUUCACUUCAUCAUGCAUGCAAUGAUUACUGGAAAGUAGUCAACUCACAAUGAGAGCUCAGAUCCCUCACCUUAUCACUGGAGUGAAAAUGGCAUAGGAUCCAAAGCGCCUUUAACAAAGAUUCCAUGUUUUCAAGUUCCUAAUGAUUGCCAAACAUAUGAAGUUGGAAGUCUUCUCCUCUUACUUGAAAUGAGCCCCCACUUCUAUCCUCGACUUCAAAAACCAUUUCGCCUUCAAAGUGACCGUGCUUAAUAUGAAGAUAUCCCAGUUCCUCUAUCGUCUUCUCUUUUUAUGGCUUCUACUUACCACAUUUCAACACCAUUUCACUUUCACCUCCAAGGUUCAAGCUACAAAAUCAGUUGAUCUCAAGAUCAGCCCUGCAGAAUUCAACUCAAAAUCCAGAAUGGGGCACACUGCAAGUAAUUUCGCAAAUGAGAAGAAAACACGUAAAGCACCAUCUGGACCAAACCCAAGUGGAAACCAUCUCCCACCAUCAAGGACAUAAAGCGAUCAUUGUACUUAUUCACUGUGGGAACACAAUAUUUCUCGAAGUUGCAGGAGGUUAGAUGUAUCUUUGUAAUUCAGAUGAACUUUAUGCUUAGGAUUAUUGCUUUGUAGAAAAGCGGGUAAUCUUUGACAUUCAAAUCAUGUUUGCUACAUUAGAUAAAUAGCAGUCAGUUCUAAGGAUA